GUACAGAUAAAUUAACUACAAUAGUCAUUCAGUCAUUAUUCACCGAUUUGAAGUGUUGAUUUGAUUGUUCAUUGUAGUGAUGUAGUGCGUAAAUGGGAUUUUUUUUCUAAGGAGAAGCCCUAGUACUCCUAGUACAUUAAAUAAGCAGUUUUUCGAACUCUGAAACCAAUAUUGGAAGUAUGGACGGUGCACAAAACGAAAAUACAAAUUUGGAGCAAAUGUUGCAAACCCUUCGAGAAGAAAUGCAGAUGCCAAAAUUACAGGAAGACCUGAUUUCUCAAUUUCAAGGAUUGUCAAUUACAAAUAGUGAAACUAAUGAGAGUAAAGAUGAGACUACAGAGGACUGUAGUUUUCAACCAAUGUCUAUUGAAGUUAAUUCGAACCUGAUAUACGAAUUUUUACAUGACGAUGAAAACUAUACUUGCUUAACCAGCAGUAAUAAUAUUUACAUUCUAAUACCUCUGCAAGACAAUUGUUUGGAGUUCUCAGCUAUAAAAAACCUGUUUACCAGUACCAUCAAAAGAUGCUUCAAAGUGAACAACAUUAUGAAAAUAUAUAAUCCAUAUCUUUUAGCGCAGUAUAAAUUAAUGGAAAAGUCUUACAAGAAAAGGUACGGCCGCACUAGUACAAGGCAACUUUUCCAUGGUACAAAGAGAGAAAAUAUAGAUAGUAUCUGCAAAUAUAAUUUUGACUGGAGAUUGAAAGGUACCGCACGAGGAACCAGAUUUGGGCAAGGAGUGUAUUUUACACCAAUAUCAAAUUAUGCCACAUAUUUUGGAGACAAAACUUAUGAAAAGGUCAUGAUUGUGGCUAACGUCCUCGUCAGUAAUAAAUUUGUGGGUGCUGAGGACACAGUUAUUCCUCCACUUAAUUGUGAUACGACAACAAAGGAAAAUGAACAUGUUUUCGUGAAGUAUGAAGAUAAUACGUUUUACCCUGCUUAUGUAAUAUAUUAUGAAGGUAGAAACAAUUAUAAGAAAAAUCAACCUCGCCGUCAUUUUUUCAUAUAACUACAUUUUAUAGCUUUUAAGGUGAUUUGAGAAUUUUUUUUUGCAAAUCUUUUUUAAUGUAUCAACUUUUGUGUUAUAAUUUUUUAAUACUGUACGCAUGUUAAUGCAACUGAUUUUUUUUUAUUUUAGUGCUUAUGCAUGAUUAUAUAUCUAAGAAAUAUAUUCUGUUACUUUUUAUAAAUAUUUUAUAUAAAUAUUAUCACAUUUCUAAACAUAUUCAGCCUUUGAAAAGCUGAAUGAUAAUUUUACAUGUACAUGUAC